CUGGCUGUUGAAUUUAAGUUCCGCUGCGUCUUAAUUCAAAAUCGUCGGAAGUACACUAUAAAAUUGGAUUGUUACCAAUCGAGCCUUUUUCUUAAAAAUUCAGAAACAAUCGUUAGGAAUGUCGAUGUCGAAGCCCUCGAACACAGCCAGUGUGUUUUUCCGAAACCUGGAUCCACGCAUCGACAAACAGGUGCUGCAUCAAAUAUGCUCUACGUUCGGGGAAAUCUGUCGUUGCGACGUAGUUCGCAAUAAAGCCGGUCAACCAAAAGGGUAUGCAUUUGUGCAUUACCAGAAUUCUGACUCGGCCAACCAGUGCAUCGCGGCACUUAAUGGAAUGGUUUUGUUAGAUAAACAAAUCAGCGCUGAACCGGUCAUGGCCCGUGAGGAACGCCAGCGCGCUGCAUUGCUGUGUAAUGUUUAUGUCAAGAAUUUCGGGAAUGAGCUUAACAAUGAUACUCUAAAGGAGAUGUUCUCAAAAUACGGAUCCAUUACAAAACAUCGGGUUGUAACAAAUAAGAACGGUAAAAGCCACGGUUUUGUGGUUUUUACUAAUCCAGCAUCAGCCGAAAAAGCCAUUCAGGAGUUAAAUGGGAAGAAAUUGAAAAACGGAAUGUUUCUACAAGUUGAAUCAACUUUAAAAACAGCGCCAACUGGAAUGGGUAGUGAAAUGCGUGUUGCACAGAUUAAUUCGUAUGACGAUCCGGGUGUAAAUUUAUAUGUCAGUAAUCUAGACAAAUCGAUCAACAUCGACGAUCUACGAAAUAAGUUUGCUGCGUUCGGAACAAUCAAAUCGCUUAAAAUAAUGUACAAGGCAGGUCACUCUGAAGGGUACGGAUUCGUGCGUUAUGUAAGUGUCGAGGAAGCCAUCAAAGCUAUUUCGGAGAUGAACGGGCAGAAAUUCGAAGGUAGCAACAAAUCACUUCACGUGUCUUUGGCAACUUGUAGAGCAGAUCGUCAAGCGGCAACGCAAUGCCUCCAAUAUAUAGCCAGAAUGAUAAUUAUGAACUCGGCAGUACAACUGCUGCAACCUGGUGAAGGUUUUCUGGACACAGCAAUUUAUUCGCUCAUCUCCAGCGCAGAGGAAUUCGUUUACUGGUUCAAUCCCAACUGCAGUCGCUUUGGCGGCGGCAAUCGAAGCCGCAAAUAAAAAGCAUAGAAAUCACUGAAAUUGCCACAAAAAGCAAGAUAAAUUUAUAUUGGACAUGUUAUAUUAUCAAUUUGUGAAUUGAAUUUGAAAAAAAAAAGUUAUUCUGAACUCAAUCAACUA